CCAGCGAUAUUUUCAAUUGCGUCCGUCCAAGCAGUCAAAAAAAUAUUUAUUUUGCAAUUAAUUUAUAGUGUUUUUUUUUUUGUGUAAAUCAUGGCCAGUUUUGCCAAGGUUUUGCUGCUCCUGAGCUCGCUGGCCACUUUCGUGUAUACCUUUUUCGUGGUUGGCAAGCUGGUGCUGUUCCUCUCCACACCUCGCUCGAUUUCGAAGGCACACACGUGGAUUUUCAAUUUGCUGGACAACAAGUCCCGGCUGGAGACCGCCUAUGGGCCCAUUGUGUUCGACACACUCUACCUGAUAGGAUUCAUCUUCCAGCACAGCUUCCUUAAGUCAGCGCUGGUGAAGAAUUUAUUGGGCAAAUUGGGCUUGGCUGCAGCCGAGCGCACUAUUUAUAGUUUGACAUCAUCGCUUUGUUUACAUUAUCUGCUGAAGAACUGGCUGCCAGCCCAGUCGAUUGUCUUGUGGCAAAUUGAUGUGGACGAGAGUGCUCCACUCUGGUGGACUUUUGUGGUCACACAUGGCCUUGGCUGGGCCGUCAUCUUUGGCGGCUGCCUUAUAAUGGAUCUGCCCGAGCUGUUGGGCGUCAAGCAGGUCUACUAUGACCUUAAAGAGUAUGGGGAGCCCAUUGCCUACAAGUCGAGCGAGCUGCGUCAUCUGUACUCUCAUGUGCGUCAUCCGUCCUUUGUGGGUCUCUCCUUGAUCCUGUUUGCCACGAAUGUCAUGAGCCUGGAUCGCCUGCUGCUGGCCUCGCUGCUCACCGUCUACAUGUACGUGGCCUGGUCCACUGACGAUAGGGACGUGGCCUACCAGAAGCAACAACUGCAGUGCAAGAAACACGAGCUGAAGGCUCAGUAAAUCGAAUUCUUCUCAUUUAGCUCUAGUUCCUAUUUAAGCUGAACGUAUAACACAUUAAAGACUAACUCAUCCUAACAAUGGA